AUAAAGAAGCUUCUGGCUAUUACCACAUCAGAAAAACCCAGCCUGUGGAUAUUCGGAUAUGGCUCCUUAGUCUGGAAACCAGACGUCAAAUACAAGAGGAGCAACGUCGGUUAUAUUGAAGGAUAUAGUCGACGCUUCUGGCAUGGGGACAAUUUCCAUCGAGGAGACAAAGACGUGGCUUGCACUUGGGGGGUAGCCUACGAGGUCACUGACUCCCAGAUGGAGGAGUCUCUGCAGUACCUGAAUGUGAGCGAGGCUGUGCUGGGGGGCUACGUCACCAAGAUGGUGGAGUUCACUCCCAGAGAGAAGUACCAAGGGUCCCUGCUCGCCCUGGUCUACAUUGCCACCUCUGAUAACCCCAUAUACCUCGGGCCUGCCACUCCCACAGAGAUAGCUGCUCAGAUUACCAUCUGCAGAGGCAACACGGGCCACAACAUAGAGUACCUCCUCCUCCUGGCUGAGUUCAUGAGGCUGUACUGUCCCGAGGUAGAGGACGACCAUCUCUUCUCCAUAGAGGCAGCCGCCCUGGCUCUGGUCAUCUGAACUACCAGGGCCAGGGAUACUCACAUCUGACCACCGGUACGACACUCAAUCCUUACGACACUCGCUACGUUACUUGCUAAUGUGAACAACGUGAAGACAAUGACAAUGUGAAUACACUGACAAUGUGAAGACAGUGAGAGUCACUCCAACUCAUAAAAAGGGUCAACAUGUCAUGAUCACUGUUUUUGUUGUCCAUUGUCAGUAAACGCCCAUGACAUUGACAUUUUUUAAGCUGAAAGGGCAAUGAAAUUACAAUCAAGGUGUGUAAACACUCUGUCCAAUAAAUAUAUUUCAUAUAUGGUAUCAGAUGAAUAAAUAAUAUUUUCGUUGUGUUUAUGAAGGUCCUGGGUAACAUUAGAAUUUGAAAAAGUCAUUAUAUAAAAUUACAAAAUAGCAUUUGAAUUAGUUUGUGUUACUGUAGGCUAUCUGUUGCCUCAUGCUCAAGUGUGGCGCUCAUGAAACAGUGGUUAUUUAUGCAAUAAGGCCCGAGUGGUUGUGGUAUAUGGCCAAUAUACCAUGCCUAAGGGCUGUUCUUAAGGCCUGGAUACAGUCCUUAGCUGUGUUAUAUUGGCCAUAUACCACAAACCACCGAGGUGCCUUAUUGCUAUUAUGUAAUUAGAACAGUAAAAAUAAAUGUUUUGUCAGACCCGUGGUAUAAGGUCUGAUAUACCACGGCUGUCAGCCAAUCAGCAUUCAGGGCUCAAACCACCCAGUUUACAAUUUGAA